GCUUGCUUUUGGAGUGGUAUCCCUCAUUUUUCUCAGCUUGAGUUUCACCGUUGCUUUCUACAAAUGGUAUGGCACCCUCAACAUAUCCAAGUUCUGCAAUCGAAUGCCGAGUUAUAAGAUGAUUCCAGUGGUCACUUAUUCUCAACUGUUGAAAGCCCUCUACACAAAAAAUUUCCAAGUUUAUCUUCUACAGUUUAUGUGUGGUUAUUGCAAGUUAUUCGACCGGGAAAGAAUCGCUAUGCUAUGGCUUUCAUUCAGACCGAUUGUCUUUUUCUACAAACCGGAGAAAGUUGAGAUUCUCUUGAACAACUCCAAUACAAUUGAUAAAUCAAAUGAAUAUGGCUUUCUGCAUCCGUGGCUUGGAACUGGUCUGCUAACAAGUACAGGCCAGAGAUGGAAAACACACAGAAAACUGCUCACCCCUACAUUCCACUUUCGUAUUCUGGAAGACUUCGUGUCUGUCUUCAACGAGCAAUCUGCAGUAUUGGUGAACAAGAUGGAAGGUUUCGUCGGGAAGUCGUGGAUAGACAUCGUUCCUCACAUCACAGCGUGCACACUGGAUGUUAUUUGCGAGACUGCCAUGGGAGUUCGUUUAAAUGCACAGUCUGGUGGCUCAGAAGAGUAUGUCAAUGCGAUUAAAGAGAUUAGUGAAAUCUUCAUGUACCGGGUCACUAAGCCAUGGUUGUGGGUGGACAAAAUCUUUUUCAAUUGCUUUCCUUCUGGCUGGAGAUAUCGUCGAGACUUGAAUCUGGUCCAUGGCUUUACAAGAAAGGUUAUAAAGGAAAAAAAGAAGAGUUUCCUGAGAAAAGGAUCUUUUUCCCUCAGUGAUGAAGAGAAAGCGAAGAAAAACAAGAAAGCAUUUCUGGAACGUUUAUUGGAACUGCAUUUUGUAGAUGAUUCGUUUACUGAGGAGGACAUACGACAGGAAGUGGAUACAUUUAUGUUCGAAGGGCAUGAUACAACCGCCAUGGCAAUCAGUUGGGCUCUCUACAAUAUUGGACUACAUCCAGAAGUGCAAGAGAAAAUAUUUCAAGAAUUGGAAUCAAUAUUUGGGGACGAUAGAGACAGGCCCAUUUCUGCAGAUGACCUUAAAGAAAUGAAAUACUUGGAGUGCGUCUUGAAGGAAAGCUUGCGAUUGUAUCCAUCAGUAGCAUUCAUCGCACGAGAAAUAAAAGAAAAUCUCCCUGUUGGAAACUACACCAUACCAACUGGAUCUCUUUGUUUGAUUUUAAUCUUAGCUCUGCAUCAAGAUUCUGAACAGUUUCCAAAUCCAGAAAAGUUUGAUCCUGACAGAUUUUUGCCGGAAAAUGCAGGCGGAAGACAUCCAUAUUCUUACAUUCCAUUUUCAGCGGGUCCAAGGAAUUGUAUAGGUCAAAAGUUUGCUUUGAUGGAAGACAAGACGAUUUUAGCACACGUCCUAAGGAAAUUUAAGAUAACUUCCCUGGACUCCACGGAUAAAGUGCACUAUCAAGCUGGCUUAACCCUAAAAAAUGAUGAGCCAAUCAGGGUCAGCUUUCAACUGAGAAACUAGGGGGGUUUUUUUCACGAAAGGAUCUACAAAAAUACAAUAAGCAUAUUGCUGCUUUUUAUAUGGUACUGUACCAGUGUAGUCGAAUAGAACCUGUGUGUGUGCCAUGAACUUUCAAUGUUAUCUUUUAAGAAGUAACGUAUUAAACUUAUUCUUCACUUCAGGGCCAACGGUGAGACCAUGUCAUCCUAGUCGGUAACUAGGGUCCUGGGUCUUUGAGGGCCCCGGCUUGGUUUUGGAGUAGUAUAAAUUUUAGCAGUUUUACGGUCGAAUGGGGCCCGGUGACCAAACUGAAAAGGAGCUCGCCUUGGCUCUCGGCGGCCAUGCUUUUUUCCCUGGCUUUUCGAAAAGCGUAAACAUAUUUAUCUUACGUACAAUAAGCAUUUUUCCUUGCAAAAGAUUCACGGAGGGAAAAUCAUCUCUAAACUAUCUUACGCUUGGUCGAAUUUGAGACCAGUGCAAAAUUAAUUUUUCGUUAUUGACGGAUUCUCUUCAUUUCCAACGGGGUUGUGUAAGAAGAGUUUGCUUUUUGCAGACAUGGUAUGCUUCCCCGAUAUGGCAUCUAGUCUUUCAUACUCUACCAUUAAGGCGCGGAUGUGGAUGAAGAAGAGAAUUAUGACACCCAGAUUCCUACAAGUUGGUGGGCACCUGGGCUUUUCCAUAGAAAAAUAGCACUAGGAUUUUAAUUUGGCCGGAAGUAGCUCGAAGGUUGCACUGUUUGAAGAACUGUACAUCAAGAAUAAACUGCAACAGAUGACUUCUGCUGAAUAUUUUCAGUCGUUUUAAAGCAUUAUUACAAUUGGAUAUUGUUGAGCUUUCCGUUUUACGGCAAAUUUUACAAACCUGCCGUCAAGCGCAAACUUACGGAGGACAUGCCACUUGGAGGUUAACUGCUAUUUGCUCAUAGGUAUCUAUUAUUACAAUCGGAAUUUUUUGAGCUUUCUGCUUUUUGGGAAAUCUAACAAACAUGACUUCAGGUGUAUGCCUUUGGAGAAUAUACAGGGUGGGUCACAAGUAUUGAGUGCAAUUCAUGUGUGAAAAAAAAAAAAAAAUAGGGUAGGUACAUGUCCAUAAUUUUACUGGAAAGCCAACAUAAAACAGUUUUAUGCAACGCUUUUUCAUGAGCUCCAUUGGUGCCACGCAAAAUAUUAACCUGAAAUUCAAUUUCAGUAGAUGUUCCUCCAAUGACGGUUCGUGGUUUCAGUUCAUCAACACCAAGAAUCGGAGUUGCGUAUGCAUGACUACAAAGGAUUUACUUUCAUGGAACCACAAGGCCUCCUGCACACGAGGCAAAUUAGUUGAAUCAACUGUCGACCGGGUGGUUAAAAGGACGUGUAACCUGGUAGAAAAGUGAAGGAGUAACCUGGCACACUUCACACGACAGUCACCUCAUCAGGCACAUGGGCCUCUACCUGUCCGCAUCCCGAUGAGUUGAAUCAACUUUUUAGUUGAUUCAACUCAUCGGGACAUCGCCAAACGUUCGUUCUACACACAAGUAAGCUAUUUGAGUCGACUCUGUUCAGUUUUAACAGCAUUGUGGAGUAGUUGCUCGAACAAAUUAGGCUUAUUAGAAGUUGAUUCAACUAAAUUACCUAGUGUGAAUACAGCAAAAACCGGAAGUCAACUAGCUGACAGGCAUUUUUUUCAAAAGUUGAUUGAACUAAGUUUCCUCGUGUGUAGUAGGCCUAAGACGCUUGCUUCUUCCUGGGCGGUCAUUCCAAGCUCGUCAGCUUGCGAGAUCGAGA